UCACUAUCGAUCCCACAUCUACCACGCCUGCUUAUCGAUAAGCACCUCCUUAUUCAACCACACGUGACAUCAGUACUGCCAAAAAAACCCGCCACGUCAUAACCAGACCGAGGAAAGACCAAUCAAGUCAUAGCGUCCUUGGAGAUUGGAUCAGGUCGUUGAAACCAACCGAACCGACUUUCUCUCUCCGCUUUUUCCAGAAUUUCAUGCCCAUCGUCUUUGGGAUUUCUCGUCAUUAAAUUCAAUCAUUUGAGAACUGGAAUCGAUCUCUGUCGACAUCAUGCCCGACUCCACGCUCUACCUGUAUACCUCCCUGACGGCGGGGUCCUCUCACAUCAUCACCGCUACUUCCCGCCUGGAGACGAUCCUCAAGGCCAACAAGCUGCCCUUCCGUGCCCUGGAUGUCGCCACCGAUGACGCCGCCCGCAAGCUCUGGGGCCGUCGCUCCAAGGGCAAGAAAUUGCCGGGGCUUGUCAAAUUCGGAAAUGUUGUCGGGGAUCUCGAAGAAAUUGAAGAAUGGAAUGAAUACGGUGAGCUGAGGAUGCAGAUUGAAAGCGUCGAAGACUUUGGAGACUCUCUCCCUGCAACAAGCUACCCCGCAACCUCCGCAGCUACAACAUCCACCUCCGCCGCGGCGCCGGCCUCCGCCCCUAAACAGAGCACUAUCAAGAUCCAGAAUCCGCCCUCGAAGGAGGAGCACAAGGAGGCUUCGAUCCCGCCCGCGUUGCGCCAGGCUGGCGAGGAAGCUGCCGCCAAGGCUAAGCAGUUGUCGUCGUCGCCCGCUCCCGCUGCCCCUGCUCCUGCUCCCGCUGCUUCCACACCCGCUGCUCCCACCCCCGCCGCAGCCGUAGUAGACGAGAAGAGCGAGGAGUCUGCCUCCAAGGCUGAGCAGUCGUCGUCGUCGCCCGCUUCAGCUGCCCCCGCUGACCCCACCCCCGCCGCCGCCCCUGCAGCAGACAAGAAAACCGAAGAAUCCAAGAAAACCGAGGAGGAGCCCAACCGUACGGCACAGGCCGCUCCGAACGACGCGCAGACCACCACUGCCGCAGAAAUCGAACAAGGCGCGGCCGCGUCCACCACUGUACGUCGAGAAACGAGUUCAGUGGCGCCGCCUGAGGUUAACAGCUCGUCCAGUCCUAAAGGGGGGGCCGAAUCAACACCAGCAGAAGCAGGAGAAGCAGUAGGAGAAGAAGAAGCGGUAGGAGGAGAAGAAAAACCAGGAAUGGGUGUUUCCCGACCCCCGCGGCCACGCCUGGUACCAGAGGUCGCAGCCGAAUCAUCAGCCAACUUCCACGCCGACAGUGCCCAAGCCCUCGGGUUAGUCCAACACCACCGAGGAUCCAUCGUAUCGGCCACAUCGCCCGAGGAGAAAAAGAAGGUCGCCCAGGACCUGCGCACGUCUGUCUCUGGCGGCCAGGCAGAUGUCGUCGAGUCGUUGCGGGCCGAGAAGGCUACCCGCGGGGACGAGGGAGAGCACGAGGAGACGAUCGAGGAGGAGCCUGCUGGCGUGGAUGAGAUGGCGGCGAGGGUACAAGAAGCGCGGAUUUGAGUAGGUAGUUGAGUUGUUGGUGUCGCAACGCCUUGUACCAAAAUGGUCUUUUGUUUGAGCUUGCUGGUUGUGUUGUCGUUCUAAUUUUAUCCUUGUAUAUAGAUACCUGUCUUUUACCAUUCCCCAUUCCCCUUUUCCCUUUUCUUUCUGCUUUCUUGCUUUCUUUUUCGGUUUAUUUCUCACACAUAUUUCCUCUCUAGUUAUUUUUUCACCCUUCAGUCUACUCUUCACACGCCGGCGGUCCCUCAAACCGGUAGGGAAAUAUUCUAGUUAUGUCUUGUCUU